CGGGAUCACAGCCUGACGUGUAACCACGACACCAGCAGGCCUCCUAAUCCAGAAUGAGGAAACCCUGGUAGUUUGCUGCCUCCCGUCUUCUUAAAAAAAUUUUUUUGGGGCUUGAGAACCACAUAGCAAAACAGAUCAGUUUGACUGUGUACAUUUUCCCACUUGUUCAACCAUUUCCACCUCCCUUUUCUGCAUCGUUGCUUCCUUGUUAACAAGACUUGCCUCCCUCUAAGGUUCCUGCUUCCCAGUGGCUGGCGUCCAUUUGAUCUCGUAUAGAUAGGUCCUUUCUAGAAGCAUGAUGCUCAAGGCACACCCUUUUUAACUCCAAACCCAGACACUGAUCGCACUGCCACCAAAUCGAAGCAGACUCAUAGCAACCCUAUAGGGACCCUAGUUAAGCUAAUUCAGCUAUUGCUCAGUUUACCAUGGCUUCAAGGGUCAUUGGGGAUUAAAGUUUCAAGAUCAUCUCUGGGCCAUUGUUUCUGGGCUUUGAUCCAGCCUCUAUGGCUCUAGAGAGCCUGGUCCAUGAGAAUUUGAAAUUCUGCUCCUCACUGGCCCCCUAUGGAUCAGGGUUCUUAUGUUCUUCCAUCAAAGUGCUCAGUCGUGGUAGCCGGCGCCGUCCAGUUCUGGUCUCCUGCCCAAGGAGGCCCUUAGCCACACAGUCCACAUCCUCCUCCUGUUCCUGCAUCCCUUCCCCUGAGAGGAGCCCUGGUGGUGGAGUGGUUAUGCCUUGGACUGGACGGAGACCACCAGCCACCAUACAGGAAAAAGACCGGCGUCUGGGAAACUCACAGGCGUGGUUCCACCCUGCUCUGUGCGGUCACUGGGAGCCCGCGACCACUCGAUGGCAGUGAGCUUGUUUGGGUGUCUGUGCCCCGGCGCCUGCAAGGUGAAAGCGCUCGCUUCCAUGGCGUCUUUACGAUGGGCCAGUCAGGUUUGGCUUCCCCGGGUCUUGAGCAGGAUCCCCAUUUUUGUCUUCCUUUUCCUCAACCCCCAUUUUAAUUUCCUUUGUGUUUCUCUCUUGGCCUCAGUGAAAUUACUGCCGGUGGACUGUGAGAGGGAGACAACGGGUGAGUUCUGCCAGGCCCAGCAGAAGGCGGCCUUGCUGGAGCAGCUGCAUGAGCUGUACAACUUCCUGGCCAUCCAAGCCGGUAACUUCGAGUGUGGGAACCCCGAGAAGCUGAAGAGCAAGUGCAUCCCUGUGUCCGAGGCGCAGGAGCACGUCCAGAAUGUGACCGGCAGCUCCCGAGCCAAGUUCGAAGCGGCGCUGGCCUGGAUCCUGAGCAGUAAUAAGGAUGUGGGCAUCUGGUUGAAAGGGGACGACCCCUCGGAGCUGGUGACCACCCUGGACAAGGUGGUGUGCCUGGAGUCCACCCGCCCUCGCAUGGGUGUCGGCUGCCGCCUGAGCCGUGCCCUGCUCACCGCAGUCACCCACGUGCUGAUCUUCUUCUGGGGUUUGGCUUUCUUGUGGGGACUCCUCAUCCUCCUGAAAUACCGGUGGCGGAAGUUGGAAGAGGAGGAGCAGGCCAUGUAUGAGAUGGUGAAGAAGAUUAUCGAUGUGGUCCAGGACCAUUACGUGGACUGGGAGCAGGACAUGGAGCGCUACCCGUAUGUGGGCAUCCUGCACGUGCGCGACACGCUGAUCCCCCCGCAGAGCCGGCGGCGCCUGAAGCGGGUCUGGGACCGAGCCGUGGAGUUCCUGGCCUCCAACGAGUCCCGCAUCCAGACAGAGUCGCACCGCGUGGCCGGAGAGGACAUGCUGGUGUGGAGAUGGACUAAGCCCUCGUCCUUCUCGGACUCGGAGCGAUAAACGCGGGGAGGGGCCUGUUCCCAGCCCGCCCGUCCCCCCGGACAGCCCACUCCAGGGGCGAGAGGGCCACCAGCCCAACCGGUGCUGAAUUCACACUUGCCUUGACUUCAUCCCCUCCGACUCCGACCCCCAGGGUCUCCCUGGAGGAUGGGCGCUUCCUGCAAGGUCGGAGCUGAGCGGAGGCGGUGCCGGCAGGAAGGGGGAGGGCCUGUGGGUCCCCCGCCAGCUGGCCCAGGGCUGGGGCCGUAACACCGGAGCAAGUGUGGCCGUCCGCGGGCAGUGGGGCGGGCCAAGGACGGGCAGCAGGGUGGGGCGGAGCUGGGUAUCUGUGCCUUCAUAGGGGUUACUGGGAGCUUUAGGGUGAGGGGAGGAAGCCGGUCUUCUGGCUGGGUGGGGCCUCUUUUGUCCGAAGGACGGGACGGGAUGCUAGGAACUAGAAACGGAGCGGAGAACUGCCUGCAAAGAGCCUGGCGGGCAGGGUCCUCCGGUCAGGUGGGUGAACCCGGGCGGAAGCGGGGGUGGGGUCGGGGCCUGGGAGCCCAGCGGAGGGUCGGGGCUGCCCGCAGCCUCCCAGCGAGGCCCUACAUGGUGCUUCUCACCAACGCCACCGCCGGACCUGUGCGUGCUGGCCUUGCACACCGUCGGGAAUGCCUUUGACGGCGGCCACAGCACCCCCCCUCCCUGCGCCGCGCUGAGGCGGGGUCGUGGUGCGGGCUCCGCCGCUCCCGCAGAGGCGGGCGUCUGCCUCCAGACGAUGUGGCCACCCCUCUCCCGUCUGAGUGUUUCUUUGGUUUCCUGAAUAAAGCGCCCGUCUCGGCCAUUGUAGCAAUGCAAUACUCUGUCACUUCCUCUGAUGUCUGGGAUCCGCAGGGCUGGACUCUGAGCGCCGGCCGGCCAGCAGGCCGCCCGCAGCCAAGAGCUCUUCUCACCAACAGUACGGGCGUGGAAAGCCACUGAUGAAUAAACUAUUUAUUAAAAGUC